GUAAAUGAUAACUUAGAAAUAGGAGAGGAUUAGUCUACCGCUUGGCAGUAAAUGUUAGCUGUUGACUUUAAACACAGUAGAUGUUAACACUGGAAUGCUCAGUACAUAUCUGACUGUAUUUGCUUGAGUUUAGGAAGUGACAGAUUGACAAGUCAGAAGGAAGCAUUUUGGAGUGAUUCUGUCUCUGUACCUGUGGACAGUUGAGAUAUGGACGCAACGCUAACUGAUGUCUCAGACGAAUGUAUGGACAGUGAGUGUUUGGGAAGCAUGACACCAGAAACUCAAGAUAUAUACCUCAGACUGGAUAGUCACCACAGGCGAUCUGGACUACGCCUGGCUCGUAUCAUUGCUAGGCAACAGCUGCUGAAGAAUAUAACCCAAGAAAUCGAGGCAAAGGAGGCAUGUGACUGGCUAAGGGCAGCUGGUUUCCCACAGUAUGCCCAACUUUACAAGGAUUCCCAGUUUCCCAUUGAAAUAUCUGCUGUCAAGAGGGACCAUGACUUUCUUGACAAAGACCUUGUGGAUCCUCUUUGCCGUCGUCUCAACACUCUGAACAAGUGUGCCUCCAUGAAACUGGACGUGAGCCUCCCCAAGAAGAAAAGUGAGGACUCUGAUGAGGAGGACCUGCUGGCCAUCAGUAAUAGAUGGACAUUUGAGCUAAACAGUCGUCGCUGGUCCCGACUCAAAGACAUUGAUUACCUCCUGGGUAGAACAGAGGAGCGGAGUCCCUCGGAGGUGGGGGAGGGCUUGCGGACCACCGUAAGCAGUGAGAGCAUUCUGACCGAGCUGAGUGAGCCAGAGAUCUGCUCCCUGCACAGCGAAGACUCCCUGGCCGCCAUGCCAGACUCUGCUUCGCUCACUUCACUGCACUUACCUAGAGACCUGCCUCAUUACGGUUCACUUCCUGCGAAGAACAGGCAGCGUGGACGAACGUGCGCCAAAGACUUUCUGCGGAGAAUGGAGACACUGGGUCGCACAUGGGGACCAUCGAUGGGGCGGUCAGAACGGCGGUCUUUGGAUAUAAGCGGCCCAGUUCUGCAAGGCGAACCAGAAGCACUGAAAACUCUACGAUGUGUUCAGAUCUUCAAAGGUGAGCCUUUAAACACUGAAAAUAUGCCACCUAUGAACAACUGCCCAACUUCGUUUGCCAGCAGUGAGGCCAGCAGCCAAUCAGAGACCAGCGGUAGUGCGGGAAGUACACCAAACAUGAAAGGGCGUGUCUCGAAGUAUCAAGCUCCCAGCAAACGUGCAGGCAUCUACCUGGAGGACAUAGAUGUUCUUGCUGGCGCCUCCCAGAGGAGGAGACCAGUAGAACAGAGACGCAAAAAUGAGUUUCGCUCCUAUGAAGAACUAUUAGUGCACAUCCCCAAAGAUCAUAAACCUGGUACCUUUCCCAAAGCACUGUCCAUUGAGAGUUUGGCACCUGCCGGUAAGGACCACGGAAAUUGGAAGGCUUUGGAUUCGGAGCUGCGGUCGUUAAAAAGCAGAAAAGUUGGUGGAAGGGAAAUUCGGCCCAUGACACGUUGCUGCCCACGGGGAAGUCGGAUAAGUGUGUAUGAUAAUGUACCUGGUUCACACUUGUACGCGAGCACAGGAGAUUUGUUGGACCUUGAAAAGGAGGGUAUUUUCACGCACUUAGAUGACAUUCUGCAGCAUGUGAAUGGACUGCAGCAGAUUGUGGAUCAAUGGUCCAAAAACGUCUUACCGGAGAGUGAAGGGGAGGGGGAUGGCAUCAGGGGGAGGGGCCAGAAGAUUAUUGAUGGACAGUCUUCCAGUCAAAUCACACUGGACUUUGAGGGGACUUCAGUAAUAGAAGGUCUGACCAUGGCAAGUGACGGCAACAGGGACGGGAUCUCGUUAAAUGACACGGACACGUCCAGCACUAGAGAGAGGAGGGACUCAGGGGUCGGGGCUUCUCUCACACGACCACGCCUUAGAUGGCCCAGCUUCAGGAUGUCGAACCUCCUCGGCCAAUCAGGAAUCUCAUUACAGAUAUCUAGCCAAUCAACAGGCCAGCUUAGCUUGCUGCAGAAGUUCUCUCUACUGCGUCUCACUGCUAUCAUGGAGAAAUACUCCAUGUCCAACAAGCAUGGAUGGACUUGGUCAGUUCCAAAAUUUAUGAAGAGGAUAAAGGGACCAGACUUCAAGGAUAAGACUGUUUUUGGUGUACCUCUGAUUGUUCAUGUCCAGCGGUAUGGACACCCUCUGCCUCUAAGCCUACAGCUUGCUCUGCGCUUUUUAAGAAGCCAGUGUUUGGACCAGGUUGGACUUUUCCGUAAAUCUGGGGUGAAGUCUCGAAUUCAGGCUCUGAGGCAAAUGUGUGAAACCUCUCCAGAAAAUGUGAACUAUGAAGAUCAGUCUGCGUAUGAUGUGGCAGACAUGGUCAAACAGUUUUUUAGAGACUUACCCGAGCCCCUCCUUACGAGCAAAAUGGGCGAGACCUUCCUCCACAUAUACCAGUAUGUCCCUAAAGAACAGCGUUUGCAGGCUGUGCAGGCAGCUAUCAUGCUGAUGGCUGAUGAAAACCGUGAGGUCUUGCAGACACUGUUGUGCUUCCUAAAUGAUGUCACUUCCUCUGUUGAGGAAAACCAAAUGACCCCCAUGAACCUGGCGGUGUGCCUCGCACCUUCUCUCUUCCACCUCAACAUCAUGAGGAACGAUAACCUGUCGCCAAGGUCUAUUCAGAGGAAGUAUGCCACUGGACGGCCAGACCAAAAGGACCUUAAUGAGAACCUUGCAGCCACUCAGGGGCUUGCCCACAUGAUUGCUGAAUGCAACCACCUAUUUGAGAUUCCUCAGGAGAUGUUCUCUCAGUCCAGGAACUCAUACGUGGAAGCUGAGCUGCUAGCGCCCUCCAUGGAUGAGCUUUGUAAAAAACCACUGCAACAAGAUGAGAAAGAAGAAGAAGAGGAAAACUCCUAUCGCUCUUAUCUGGAGAGCCUGAUACAGAAUCUGCUUAAAGAGACCAAGGAUAAGACCAAGGGUUGGGUGACCAGACCAGAUAUUGACAAUACUGAGCUAUCGUUCAAAAAGGUAGGAGACGGGUACCCGUUGAGACGCUGGCGUGUGUCUGCAGAGGUUGAGGCUCCUCCAUCUGUGGUACUGAACCGCAUUCUGCGAGAGCGCCACCUAUGGGACAAUAACCUUCUACAGUGGAAGGUUCUAGAAACUCUGGACAAACAGACAGAGGUGUACCAGUAUGUACUCAACAGCAUGGCCCCUCACCCCAGCAGAGACUUUGUGGUUCUCAGGACAUGGAAGACUGAUAUGCCCAAAGGUGUGUGUGUGCUGAUUUCGGUAUCAAUUGACCAUGAGGACAGCCCACAGUUGGGUGGAGUGAGAGGGGUGGUGCUGGAAUCAAAGUAUCUCCUAGAACCAUGUGGUUCCGGAAAGUCCAGACUCACCCACAUAUGCCGAGUUGAUUUGAAAGGAAAGUCUCCAGAGUGGUACAACAAAGCUUUCGGCCAUCUAUGUGCAACUGAAGCCGCUAAUAUUCGAAAUUCCUUUCAGGCUUUGGAUCCCGAGGGCCCAGAGACCAAAAUUUGAGUGAUGCAUAUCAUCAUCAGUACUGAUGGUGGACAUCUGGAAAUAGAGUGGAAAGGAGGGAUUUAAGACAGAGGAAGAAAGUGAACAGUUUAAGCAUCUUUUGCCCCUAAACAAAAACAAACUGUCUUUUUAGAGAGUUUUACCCCUUGGGGCAUUUGAUUUAGUCUAUUUAUUAUGUGUACGUUCAUGCAGCUGUUCAAAACUGUUUUUGUUGUCUUUUGUUUUGGGGAAUGUGUGGAGAAGUGAAAAAUGAUGGAUGGAGAAAGUGGCAGCGACGGACCCUACUAUAGCCAUAAAGCCAUAAGUCGUACUUCUGCUUCCGGUUGUCCAGACUUUAUCACAGCUCUGCUUUUAAGUCGGACCGACUAACCACAGCAGACAGCUUUAACUAUUACCUUUAAAACAUAGCUUACGACAAACACAGAGCAGAUGUGAAUGACAAGCCUCCUCACGCUAAUCAAAACACAGCAGGUCUGGUUUAGUUUUACUAAGUACUCCAUGUCGCAUUCAUAACAAAGAUCUAAAUUACUGCAUUCUUAUGAAGUUUGGUACGUUAUUCUCUACUCUCUAAAUGUUUUUCAUUUAUUUAAAAUUGUAUUAAGGUGUUUUAUCCUGAAUCAUUUGAAUGAAGCUAGAUUUACAGUACCGGUAAUUAUUUGUAAUUGUAUUUUUAAGGUUCUUCCCUGGUGACGUAUUGAUGUGAACUAUUUACUGCUGAUAAUAUACAUGACUAGCCCAUAUUCUCUAAAUGUUCUGUUUUAAGAAAUGUUUUGUUUAUCGUGUUACUUGGUUUCAUUGUCCCAGGUAAGCAAUAAUGCCUUUUCAUGAUAAAUCCAUCAGUAUUGUGCUCUUCUGACAAUGCAAACUUAACUAGUAAUGACUAAGAGGUCAAGCAAAAUUUUUAAAUAAUAUCAAAUAAUGUAGAUGCCUGCUAUGUUUGUUGCAAGUACACAAUAUUGAAAGCAUUUAUUAAUAUUAUUAUCAUUAAUGCUGUCUGUGUUAUAUGUUGCUGUGUCACACUAUGAUGUCUAGGACAUUAAUUCAUUUCACUGCUUCUGAGAAGCAUGUCUGUUCCAUUCAAAAAUCUGUACAUUUGUGUGUUAGUGUACAUGUGUAGAUAGAAUUCAAGGUGUAUAUUUUGUACAAAAAUAAGGCUUAUUGACAGGUUUAUCUGUUUCUGUGCUGUUUUGAUAGGAACAGUGUAAAUGGGUUUGACUUUAGAUCAAUGGCAGGCAGUGAGGCCUAUGUCAUGGCUUCAACCAUAGUUUUAGAGCAGUGAACGGGGUGAUUGGAGCACCUAACAUUUAAUAAUGUGUAAAAUAAACC